AUGAGUACUAAAUUGGAACAUAAAGUUGACACACAAUUACCAGUGACUACUAUAAGAAAGGGGGAAAGUGUGAAGCUACGCUCUUCAUCAAGUCCACCUGAAACUAUAGAUAAAAGUGUAAUUGGAAUUAGUCCCAAGAAAGAAAAACCACGAGUUUAUAGUAUAUCAUCUGAUAUCAUCCCUCAAACUAUAAUAGUGGGUGAAAAACCUUCGCGAGAACGUGGUAACAGUAGACUUAGUAAUACAACUACAUCUGCACUAUCUAAUUUGACUGUAGAGACAGUAAAUGACAGUGUUGACACAAAUAAACCAUUGACUAGUAGUAGUAUUAUUGAUAAAGAUGUAAUUUCAAGUAAUUAUGAUAACUUGCAAAAAUUGAAUAAAAAUGUUAAUGAUAAAUACAGGGAUCUGUCAAGCAAAAAUAAUAUACCUAAAUGGUCUAAUGUAGGAUUUCAAUCCAUUUUCCGAGGUCCCAAAUCAAAAAAAUCCAAUAUUAGUAUAACAUCGGAUAGAUCUUCUAUAUCUUCUGCUUCGUCAAAUGCACAUUCCACAACUAUGCCCGUAACACACUCUAAUAAGCAUGAUACAAACACUACAGCAUCUACGAACAAUAAUAGCAAAACAUUAAAUAGUCCUGAUGAUUCUUCCAAUAUUGUUAGGAAGACAAAUAUAAAACCAAUAAGAAAAAGUUCAGAUUCCUUUGAUAAAUCUUUGAGAUCGUUUGGACCAUUGCAUUCUUUAAGGUUAAGACAUACUACUAAUGAUUUUACACCAUUACAUUCAAAUGUAGAGACUAAUGUUGAACCUUACAAAAGAAGAAGGGAUUCCAUAUUCAGUUUGACAAAAAUCAGAGACGAUAGUGAUAAACAGUUACCUAGGAAUAACAAUAGUAAUAGUAAGAUUACUAUUGCUUAUAAUGAUACCAAUAGUAAUAAUCAGUUGAGAAAGAAUUCUGAUACUUUAAUCACAAAUUCCCUAAUUAAUCUUAGUGAUCAAGAAACGAUAUCUUCAAAUAAUCUUAAUGUUGAUAAAACCCGUACUAAUAGGGAGCGUACUACGGGUAAUUCGAUGAGAAGAAAUACUUCAAACGCCACUCUGUCACUUAUCUCUACUAUUAGUCAUAGUAGUGGUGGUGGCAACAACAACAAUAAUAGUAAUAGUAAUAGUGCUAAUAAAAAUAACCCAUUUAUUAAAUUUACAAAAAAAAUAUUCCGUAGUAAAAGCAGUCAGCAUCUUAAAGAUACAACAGAGCCUGUUAUACCAAACUCGUUAGGCAAAUUUUUACAUUCUUCUAUAGGAAGGCAUAGAUCACCUGUUCAUUUUAUUCAUAGCACCACAGGUGGAAUAAUAGACUCGGGGAAAUCCGUAUAUUCAUUUAAUCCAAGUGUUUUGAAUGCUACCAAUGAUGCUGCAUUAGCUAUCACUCAACAAGAUGACAUUUUGGAUUCUACAAAUGUAGCAAUUUUACAUGAUUUGUUAAAAAAUUUAUCAUCCUUGAAAGCCAAUUAUAGAAAUUUCAAUACUCAAGAAUUGAUCAUAUUAUCAGGUAACAUCUGGGGAAUUUAUUGUAGUGUUGUCGUAGAAUUAUUCAAGAACCAAAGGAUAUGGCAUUUACCAGCAAAAAUAGAAGAUUUAAAUCGUAUUUUAAGGUUUUAUAUUAAAUUGAAGACAAGAUCAAAGAUAGCUAUAACAUGGGCUAAGUUGAUUUUUGAAAUAGAAGAAUUUAUUGUAACUUCAUUGUAUGUAUUUGAGAAUCAAGUUGUUUUUAAUUAUAGUAACGAAGAUACAAUAAAUACUGCUUUAAAAAGAUUAGGUGUUUUAUGGCAAAUAUUUUAUCAAGAAAUAUAUUAUGAUGUUGUUGCUGUACUUUUACCAUUAGAGACAGAUUAUCAAAAUCAAAUAAAAUUAAAUGAUGUUUACAAACGAAAUAGAUUAAGUUUAACAAAAAGAAAAAAUGAAAACAACUCUAGUUUGCAUAUCUCAAAUAGAAGCAAGAGUUAUGAUUAUAAUAAUGAUAAACAUGAGCGUAAUGUCAAUGAUAACAAUGAGAAUAAUGAAGUGCAAAGCCUUGACGAUUAUCUUGCCCCUGAGAUUAUUGGUUUGAGAAGACUAGAUAGUGAUGAUACUAGUAUGAAAAAAAAUAGUGAUUAUAAUAGCAAUGCAUUAAGUGCAAUUACUCCAACUAGUGUAAAUUCAUCAUCAAGCAAUUUGAUUACACAAAUGGGUAAUAAUAUGUUUUUAGACUUGAAUAUUGAUUUUAACAAAGUUAACCGUAGUAAUGGUAACUUAAAUGUAAAUGGGAAUAACAAUUAUAGCAAUAAUAGUAAUAAUGGUAGUGGCAGUGGUAGUGGCAGUAGCAAUAAUGAUAAGAAUAAUAAUUAUAGCAUUAACACAGCAACUUCUAUUCCAAAUAUUAAUGUUAAUAUUAAUAAUUAUAAUAGUAGUAGUAAUAUUAAUGGUAAUAGUGUCAAUGUAGGCAUCAACGGGAAAUUUUCUAUUGAAGAUAUGUUGUUGAGAUGUUUUAGAGAUUCGAUCGUCCUACCAUAUUAUCAAAAUUUCAUCCAUAGUGAUGAAGGGGUAUCAAAAAGUUUUUACACUUAUAUUCUGAAUGAAGAAGAGGAGAGUGGUGUUACAGAAGAAGAUAAACUGAUAUUAUUACAAUGUUUAGGGAUACUAAGUACCAUUCAAGGUAAAGAUGGGAAUCAACAAAUCAUUGAAGAUUUAUUAGAGGGUGUUAGAAUGAGUAUUUGA